AGCUUGGUUACAUGACGCUUCGGUACAAUUUACUGGCUUUGAACAGGAAAUGUUGACAACAUGAAACAUUCCAAGUUCAAACUACUGUUUUUUUGAAAUAAGAAAACCAUUAUAAAGUGCAAAAAAAUGAAGUGUCCGGGUUGUCAUCGCUCGAAAGAACUUGAAAAGAGCGUUUACCCUGGUUAAGUGCUGGCGUGCUAGACCUUGCUAACAGCUAUCGCGUGACAGAUGUAGCGGUAAUUAAGGUAACACGCCGCGCUGACUUUCUCAAGAGAAAGUGGAGGCAAUGGGGCAGUAAAGCAACAGAAGUCUGGAUAUCCCAUUAAUUAUGUACAAGCCCAGAAUUAACUUAGUGAGGGUAUCAAGGAGCUGUGUAAGCGCUUUAUCAGGAAAACAAAACUUAUUCCCGAUAUCAACUUGACAAAUUAUAAUAACUUGACAUAUUACCUUGUCAUAAGGAAUUAACACAACCGUUCAAUAUUUUCAAGAAGCAAAAAGAACCACCAACAUUCAUAUCGUCUAUGUGAUGAUGAUUAUCUCAUGUAAAUCAUAGAGACCCUCCGGUAAUAAAAUCAUACACGUAUCUCCAACACAUUACAAAAAGUCCUGACUGACUUGCUAAAUGCCAGUUCGAUGGAGAAUUGUCUGUUGGUCAGAACUAUGGACUAUUUUGAAGACGACCUGUAUGAUGUCCUUGUGACAGGGAAGCAUCAGGCCCUAAAGGAGUAUCUAGACAAGGGGCUAGAUGUGAACCACGCCUUCCGCAGUACUGAUCGCCCCGACCGCCUCGGUAAAACCCUUUUAGAGAUAGGGGUCCAGGAACAACAGAAAGAUAUUAUCGAGGAACUGAUCAGUAAAAAAGCAAAUGCCAACCUGAAAUACAUAGUGGAUGUUAACAAUUACGCUUACACUUUGAGGGAAUACAAAAAGAAGGAUUGUUUAAAGCUUACCUGUUUGUACACCUGUAUUGUCAAAAACCAGGUGGAGAUGAUCAAAUUAUUGGUUCAGGGUGGAUACAAUGUGAAUAACUAUGACGACCGCGGAUGUACAUGUCUAUGGCAUGCUGUGGACUUGAAUAACUAUGAUAUGGUGAAGGCAAUUCUCUUGGCCAAAGACUGUGAUGUCAAUGUGAUGGACACCGCCCUUCUCCGCCCUUUACAUAUAGCUGCCAUGCAUGGUAAUCACAAAAUCAUGUCGCUGUUGAUCAGGAGGGGUGCUCGGAUUGAUGCUGUUCAACUUCGAGGAUGGACAGCAUUGAAUCUAUCGUGUCGUACUGGAUGUGUCCCCACCACUCGGAUGUUACUAUUAAAUGGUGCUGACCCAAAUCAUAUUGCUUACAAUGAACAUACACCACUUUCCAUGUCUCUACAAUAUUGUGAGGACCGACAAAUACCAGAGCUUCUUCUGGAAGCAGGGGCUGAGGUAACCAAGUCUCUGGUGAAAAAAUGUAAAGAGGAAAAAAUGGUCAACUUAAUACUGAACCCUGACCUCUUCUACCUGAUGAAGUUUUUGUCCGAUACACCAAGAACACUGAGGACUCUGAGCUGUCUACGAAUCAGGAAAUCUCUUCUCAAGUCCUCAUCAGAUCUCCACAUCAUACAAAAAGUGGAGGGUUUGCCUCUUCCCAGGCUUAUCAAGGAAUACCUACUAAUGGCCCACUUAUAAUGUCAGUGUAGCAACAGACUGUCCAUACACAGAACCAACUGCUGACCUGCUAUGACAUCAGGGUAACCAUAACUUCUACAGUAUUACCUAGAGAUGGUCCAUCUAUAAUGUCAUGGUAACAAAGUGUUUCCACAGGUAGCAUCCAGGGGCGUUUUUAGGAUAUUUGAAAGAGGGGGCGUAGUAUACAACCUUUUUUUGCCGAGCGGAGCGGAGCGAGGCAAAACA